AUGGGCAACGGCCAAGGAAAACUCUCCGAUGUCACCGGCGAAGUAAAUUUGAAUCACUUCCGCCUUCUCCGGGUCGUCGGUCGCGGUGCCUUCGGCAAGGUACGCAUCGUCGAGCGGAAAGACACCGGACUUUCCUUUGCUCUAAAGUAUAUACGGAAAGAUGAAGUCGUUCGCUCAGAAAGCGUCCGGAACAUCAUCCGUGAGCGUCGUAUGCUCGAGCAUGUGAACCACCCCUUCAUCUGCAACCUGCGGUACAGCUUCCAGGACAUUGAGUACAUGUAUCUUGUUGUCGAUCUCAUGAGCGGCGGCGACUUGCGUUUCCAUAUUUCCCGAAAGACCUUUACCGAGGAUGCUAAUGUUGCGUCCGACAUUGUUCCUGGCCGGGUGAUGACCAGCAAGUCCGGUACUCUCGCCUAUCUUGCUCCAGAAGUGUACUCUGGACGUGGAUACGACAUCCGUGCCGACUGGUGGUCACUAGGCGUCUUGUUCUACGAGUGCAUUUACAACAAGCGCCCGUUCGAAGGCACCUCUGAAUCGUCACUGGGCAAUGUUGUUCAAGCCGCCAAUCCCAGAUUUCCCAUUACUUCGCCACCUGUCACCCUUCCCUGCCUCUAUGCCAUACGAAGUGCCCUGAGUCUGGACCCGUCCAAUCGCCUCGGCAAUACUUGGGAUAGUUUUAUAUACCAUGAUUUUUUUGCCAUGAUCGACUUCGAGGCUUUGGAACGAAAGGAAAUCGAGCCUGUCUUCAUCCCGUCGGCUGACAAGACGAACUUCGAUGCGACAUACGACCUGGAGGAAUUGCUCUUGGAGGAGGCACCUUUGGAGGCCCGUGCCCGUCGCCAGAAGCCGCGCGAGCGCCUAAAAGACGAUGCCACCGAUAAGGAGAUCCGAGAGGACGAGCUGUACCGCAUGAUUGAUCGAGACUUCCGGCCAUUUGACUACACUGUGGCCGCUUACAAGAAGUUGACUGAACAGGCGGCGGCACAGCAGAACGGUCAGCAGAACGGCCCAUUCGCCGGAAAUGGGUCUUCUGCAUCCACGCCGCAACCGCAAGCCAUCACGACCGACCAAGCGUUGCCAGCGACUCGGAUCGGCGGGAUCGCAGAUGGAGACACCUCGGGUGCGAGUGUCGCCUCGACAUCCCCGCCGAUCAGAUCAGGGGCUGAUCGUGAUGGCCAGUCCAUCAGCAGCCAGCAGCCGCGACGACAGCCGGGUGCUCCGCCAGGACGCCCGCCUCCAGUGCCGCCACCGCUUGCACCCUACGCAAAUCCAUACACGAACUCGGCUCGCAACAGCAACUACCGCCCCCUACGCAAUCUGGGCUCCGUCUCUGUGCCAAACGGCAGCGUCGUCCUAGGCAGCCCGACAGGCGGCGUGCAGGUCCGCUUAGAUGGGCACAACACCGUUGGUAGCUCCUGGUCGGAGUUGGCCCGGCAGGAUGCGACACUUCCCACCGAUGCCGCGGCCGGCGGCCUGCUAGGUGUCGAUGAUGGUAGCGGGGGCAAAGCUGAUGGAAGCUCCAGCAGCGGCGGCGUGUUCGGAUUUUUGAGCCGCAAGAAGGGCCGUGGGAAUAGCCCCAAGCCAAAAGAGCGCGGCGUACUGGGCAAGGAGGGAGCCCGCGUGGUGAUUGGAUAA